CGUGAACAGUCGAAGUCGAAGAUCUGCAUCAAAAGCACAUUAAAUAAACAAAUUAAUCAGCUGUGUUGCUUAAAUGCAUGAGAAAUAGAUGGAAUAUACAUGUUGAAUAAAUUUUAAUAGUUGAAUAAGUUAAAGCUAGUCUGAAGUUGAGUUUAUUGAGACUCAUCGUCAAUUUAAGUUAAUUGUUGAAAAAAUUUGAAUUUAAAUGUUUUUAAUAUAACAUUUGGGACAUAAAUAAGUGUUGUUUUUAAAGAUCUAAAACAAAAUGAAGGUUUUAUCAGUUUUAACAGUGAUAACUUAUUUAGCGCUUCUUCUGUCUCAGUGCUCUGCAAAAGCAUUUAUCAGAAAUUGGAUAAGUGGAAUAUUUGGAGAAAGUCUUCACAACUAUCGAUAUGAUUUACAAUCAGGAACAUCUUAUUACCAUCGAAGUGACGGUACUGUUGACUCAUGGCAGUCUCCACAAAGCAGAGAGUUCUAUCCAAAUUCAUACAACAUCGUAGAAAAAAGACAUCACAGAGGACCUAGCAAAAUAUCCAACAAAGGCUUGCAGUGGUACACAGAUCUUUUUCUCAGGUGAAAUUUGGACCGAGAGUUCCGGUUGAUUAUAGGUUAAGGCAUUAGAAAAGUCAAGAUAAUAUUAAGAUAAAUAAGCACUUCUAAUGCAGCAUUAAUUUUGCAUGUCAAAAAUCAUAAACAUUGUGAUCAUAGUCUCCAGAAGCAGAUUAUUUAAAAAAUUUAUUAAUGUCAGAUUUUACAAGUUUUUGUUGAGCCAGAGCUCGUUUGUAGUUGAUCCUUUAUGCCACGACAUUGUAGAAAAUAUCUGUUUCGAAUUAAGCUUUUUGAAACUAAAUUAAAAUAUAUUUUUUCUGCUUUUUAUAUUUUUUGUAUUCCA